AAUAUGUCGUGGAAGAGCCGGAAAAGGGAAGAGAGUUGUGUUUUUAAUCCAGUUGCUGGCACUCGCACUGGCACUAGCCAAGAAGACAGCAAUCUGGCCGAGAGUUUGGAUUUUCAAUGGGUGACGACGUCGCAAGAAGAGCAUCAGUCUUCUUCUUCAUCUGGCGGCGUUGAGG